AUGGUUCGACAUCACCCGGCGUGAACGACUCUAGGCGGCUAAGCUACAUGUUACCAGGACUCGGCAGCUAACGUUGGGGAUUUAUUUAUUCGUUCACAUUAUCGUCGAGCCAGGCGGGGCCGCCAUGGCUCUUUACGAAUAUGUCACUAAGGAGCAGCUUGCCGGCUUCGACAAAUACAAGUACAGCGCAGUGGACUCGAACCCGCUGUCCGUCUACGUGAUGCAUCCUUUCUGGAACUUCGUGGUGAAGUUUCUACCGACAUGGCUGGCUCCAAACCUCAUCACAUUCACAGGCUUCAUGUUCCUGGUGUUGAACUUCCUCAUGCUGGCCUUCUAUGAUUACGACUUCACAGCCUCUUCUGCAGAUCACGACCACGUGCCCAGCUGGGUCUGGGUCGCCGCGGGGAUCUUCAACUUUUUAGCGUACACACUCGACGGCGUCGAUGGCAAACAGGCGCGCCGCACCAACUCCUCCACACCACUGGGGGAGCUGUUCGAUCACGGGCUAGACAGCUGGGCGUGCAUCUUCUUCGUGGCCACCGUGUACUCCAUAUUCGGCCGGGGGGACAGCGGCGUGAGCGUGGUCGCGCUCUACUACAUCCUGUGGGUGGUGCUGUUCUCCUUCAUCCUGUCUCACUGGGAGAAGUACAACACGGGCAUCCUGUUCCUGCCCUGGGGAUACGACAUCAGCCAGGUGACCAUCUCCGUGGUUUACUUGGUGACGGCGGUGGUCGGCGUGGAGACCUGGUACCAGCCCAUCUUCUGGAACUUCCUGUACAGAGACCUCUUCACCUUCAUGAUCAUCGCCUGCUCCUUCGCUGUGACUUUACCCAUGAGCCUCUACAACGUCCUGAAGGCUCAUCGGAGCAGCACCCUGAAGCACGGCAGCCUGUACGAGGCCUUCCUGCCGUUCCUCUCGCCCUGCCUGCUCUUCGUCCUGUCCACCGUCUGGGUCGUCUCCUCGCCAUCCAAAAUCAUGGACCUGCAGCCGCGCAUCUUCUACCUCAUGGUGGGGACGGCGUUCGCCAACGUCACGUGUAAGCUGAUCGUGUGUCAGAUGAGCAACACUCGCUGCCAGCCGCUCAGCUUCCUGCUGCUGCCCAUGACCGCCGUCGUGCUGCUGGCCCUGACCGGCGUCGCCAUCAACGAGACGCUGCUGCUGUACUUGUGGACGGCGUUCGUCGUGUUGGCGCACAUCCACUACGGAGUGUCAGUGGUGCAGCAGCUCAGCAGCCACUUCAACAUCUUCGCCUUCUCCCUGAAGAAGGCCAGCAGUGACUGACAGGAGGAGGAGGAGCGAAUCGGCCUGACGGCAGCGGAGGUUUAGACGCCCUCGCUCCCCGACUUACCGACACUUCACGUCCAUCACCGCGGAAACCCCCCCCCCCCUCCCCCCCGCCCCCCUCCAUUCAUGAGGACUCUGCAAGUGGAACAGACUAUGGGCCUCUUAUGUGUCGCCUACAGCCCACAAACACACACACACACGUACAUGCGCGCGCGCACACACACACACACAUGCACACAUGCACAUUCCCGGACCAGCUUUCGGACCACGCUCUGGUCUGGUCUCAGCGGCGGGGUGGGCCAAAGGGGCUCCGGCUUCCGUCUCUGGUGAUUGGCUGACCUGGUUGAGCCAAUGAGGCGCAAUUGUUUCCUACGGAAAUGUGCUUCAGUCGUGAGGACAGGAACCCAGACGAGCCAUGCGAAGACGCACGCACGCACACACACUUUUGUACGUCUAUCAUUGUGGGGACGCUCCUGGAUCCACAGUCAAAUCCCCGCAGUCUUAACCCUCAAACAGCGUUUUUAAUCAAGUUCGUCCCCGAGUGAGAACUCACCUGUCCUCACAAGAAUAGAAGUACAAAGUCUCUCUCAUACACACACACACACACACACACACACACACACACACACACACACACACACACACACACACACACACACACACACACGCAUAUUCUGCUUUGUGCAGAUCAUUUCUAUCUCAUGGCGAGUGUUUCAGUACAAACGCAGCCUCGUGUACGAACACACAGUUAUACUCACAUAGUAUUAUGAAUGUAUAAUAAGCCUUGGGGAUUUUGCCAUUUCAGUUUUAUUCCAUUAACAGGAAUGCCUCAAGUAGUGUGAUUACAAACUUGACUAAACCUCUGGACUCUGGUCUUCUCACAGUGUCCAGCGUUCAGCGGUUGACCUCCCCUGUCUCCCCCUUUUUUUUUUUUUUUUUUUUUUUUCCAUCAGAUGAUUUGCGGUUGAAGAAUCUCUGUGACGUAUGUUAAUAUUUCUAUAUUUAUACAUAUAGUGUGUCCGUUGGUGUGUGGGGCUUUUACUUUCCGGCUGGAGUUUGCUCCUGUAACGCUAAAGAUAAAAUAGCCGAUUGGAUUUCUCUUCCUGAUCGGUCCCGAUCAGGGUGGAAUACUAAUAACUAAUGGAAGAAUUGACCAGGGUGACCUUGACUGUCCCUCCACUUUGACCUCUGUCUGAGCACUGGCCUCCCGGCUCUCCUCUCCUCUCCUCUCCUCUCCCGAGGUGUCGUGUUUUCACGCUGAUUCCUAGGUUUUUUUUUUAUUUUUUUUAUCUUUGAGGUUAUUUUAUAUAUGGAUGUGUUUGUGUUUCCGGUGCCACGGCGUCGGCGCCUGGUUCAGCUGCGCAAGUGCUUGAAUGAAGAGUGCGUCCAAAAGCCGUCCUCGGAGCGGACGCACUCUGAGGGAACAAGCCGUCGCGCCAGACUCGGCGAGCCGCCGCCUGGCGCCUCUCUCCUGCUCGCACAGGUUCCUCGCACACCUCCCUAAACACCCGCCUGACGACGCGGGGGCCGCCGCGCCUCCUCUUCUCAAACGAAACGGCUUUCGCAGCGAGGCCGAACGAGGCCUCGUCAGCUUCUGGUUUCUCUGAGCUCGAUUCCCUGUGCCUGGUCGGAACGCAGCCGCGAAUAAGGGAAGAAACGCAGCGCGGAGCGGAGCGGCGAGGACGCUCUUCUGCAUAUCACGCCUCGCUUUUUUUUUUUUUGUAAUCUCCGACAGACUGGAUCAUGAUCGUGAUCGUGAAGGAAAGCUGCAGAAUAGGAAAAGCCUCCGUUCGCUUGGUAUCUGUGUUGGUGUGUGAGUGUGAAUAUGAAUGUGACUGUCCAGCCAGCAGGAAUCAUCUCACUUUACGGUGAACUUUGGGAAGACUUAAUUAACAGCAGCAUAGGAAAUGGAUACAGGUGCGUCUCAAAAAGGUUGUUUAUCAUUGAAAAGUUAACUUUUUCUCCAUCAUGACAAAAGAGAGUCUAUCAAAAUUGUGACUUCUGGUUUUUUUUAAAAAAAAAAAGAUGAAUUAUGAGAAACAUCUUUUGAGAAACAGGACAAUUUGACAGUUAUAAUGAAAUCCUCAACUUUUCUGUUGCAUUCCAACCUUUUGAGAUGUAUCUGUACUCUGAGGAUGAGAAUCAAUGUUUGCUUCUUCUUGCAAUUUUUUUUUUUUUUUUUUACUCGCAGACAUUUUGUACAUACACCUGUAAUGAGAAGCACUGAACAUUCUGACUGCAGGUUAACAAAACUGUGUGUCUGGGAGGAACAAAACCACCUGAAACUACUUCAACACCCAGCUCAGUCGCCCGUAACACUCGGGAUAUUUUAUAUGCAGUCAUAAGCACAUUAUAUAUUUGACAUGAAGAUUUUUUUUUCUUUUUUUUUUUUCUUUUUUGCCCUCCAAAGAAGCUCUGGCUCGAUCUGUGACAUUUGGACACUGUAGAUUGUAGUGAAGAACUGAACUGUGACUGAGAUUUGACCACCAGAAACAGUGGUGGCUCCAUGCACUGUCCUGGCCCCUGUGUGUGCACUGUGUGUGUGAAUAUCUGUGUAAAUACACACAUUGUUGGCUCAUUUUAGUUUUUUUUUUUUUGUUUUUUUUUAAAUAAAUUACAGCCGUUUUUCUGGUCACUUGUUGAUUCCAGUCAUCAGGGCAGGACUCAUCCCUGUUAUUUUAAAACGAACUGAAGGAAUUUCUCGUUUUGUUCUUGAUCGGUCGAGUCAGUUCCCCGCCUUUCUCUGGGGCUGCUGGGAAAUGAUCGGGGGAUUCUUAGGUGGGAUUACCAACGCUUUAAACAAGGGAUGUCAUGUCAGAGGAAAAAAUGUUCGCUCGGAGGAAAAACAAAAACUGUGCCAUUGACUAAACUCAGUUUCUUUACAGAUUCCAUGUCCACGAUCACAGCUACUUCACUGGGCUUUGUGUGUUUGUUUGUUUGUUUGUUUGUUUGUUUGGAGCGUCAUGCGCCACUUUUCAAGGAAGAAAAAAAAAAAGAAAUGGUCUUAAUUUCUCUUUCCCUGGGUCGAGGAACUGAAUUAUUGUGUGAAACUGCCCCGGCUGACACAGCGGGGCAGCAGUGUGGCUAACUGUAAUGUUGUAUUUACCCGGUGGAAGAAAAGACUGUCCAGGAACAAAUAAAAAUACAUUUUCUUUAA